AUGCCGAAGUUCUCCGGCACCAAGGACGACGACGUCGCGGACUACCUCUUCAGCGCCAAGCUCUACUUUGAGUCGAAGAACAUCAAGUACGGCGCCGACUCGCCGCAGCAGCGCCCCUUGUCGCUCUUGGUGGCAAACUUGAAGGGACCAGCAGCGGCUUGGUACCGCGAGUACCUCCUACUCCUGCGCCAGAACAACUUCACCUGUCUCGAAGAUUACGUGUCGGCCUUCCGGCACAUCAUCUGCAAGGUAGAGGAGAUGAGCGACAUCGACAAGGUCAUGCAUUUCCAGAAGGGGUUGGUCGUAGAGAUCAAACAAGAGGUGAAGCUGCGCCAGUUCAGGAACACGACAGACGCAAUUUCGUUUGCGCUCAUGUACGACCGCACGCACGCUCUAGGAUCGCGUCGAACCAACUCGUCACAUCACGUCGAGGAGCCGACCCCACUGGAGAUCGGGAGUUCGCGCUUCGUCUCUCGCGAAGAGUGUCUGCGAAGUAAUCUUUGCUUUUACUGCAAGGAGCCCGGACACCGCCUGGCUACGUGUCCUAAGCGGCCAGCGCGUAACAACCCCCGAGGCUCAUCUCACAACCGCGACGACCACGUCGAGGUCAUCAACAGUUUGCAGCUGAACAUGGUGUCUCUCGACGCGAAGUUGUUGCCCAAUCGUGAACUGUUGAGGUUCGAGGGAGCGAUGAGCGGCCAGGCAGUGCAAGUCUUGAUCGACAGUGGUGCAGAGCGCAACAUUGUGCGUCCGGGCAUCGCGCAGCACUACGUUGAGGCCACCAAGGUCACGGUCGAGCGCUUUGAUGGCACGACAACCCCGGCGCGUACCGCACAGCAAUGUUUGGAGACUGUCUGCUUUGAUGGCAGAGUCUUCAACGAUGUUUCUCUCAUUGAAUGGGAGGUA